CAGGCUUCUGAGUGUGUUGCAGAAGGGACUCAGGUGGGGGUGCACGUUGUCCUAGCAGCAAGAAGAAAAGCAGCAACCAGGCACAAGGUCCUGUGUGUACCCACCUUAAGAUCUGAGAUAGAUCUGACCCAAUUGGAGGCAGGAGCAAAGUCCCAAUCACUGACGUUUAUUCCUCUCAACUUGCCCUGUGUGCAGACGCUCCCCUCUCCUUGGGACUGAGAACAGAGCAUCCCCAGCCAAAGGAUUAUCAGCGCCUCUCACUGAGAACAUCGUCAGAGCAGCCCUGGGAAGAAAAAAAAAAGAGUCUCCAGACACUUCCGGUCAGCAUCAUGAGGCCCUCUCUGCUCCCGAUUGUGGUGUUCCUCUGCAUGCUGCUGUUGCCUGCCCGGGGAGGGAAGAAGACAUAUUCUCAGGGAGAGCUGUUACUUGAGGAGUGCUGGGGACAGCCAAAAGCUAAUGAUUGUACCAAGAGGUGUUCUCGAACUUUCAAAUGUAUACACAGAAAUCACACAUGCUGCUGGACCUACUGUGGUAACAUCUGUGCAGAAAAUGGGAAGUUUUUUGAGAGAAAGAAAUGAGCCUGCCUUCUCUCUGGCCCAGCCUCACGAGAGUUCGCGGAUGGUUAGACUUCAGAGAGAGGCUGCACACUUACGAUUGGAAACACUGUGUUUAUGGUGGGUAAGGUCAACAUACUGGAAAAAUAAACCACUUGCUCACA